GGCAAUUUCCCACUCUCCACUUGGCUCACCCAUAUCUACCGCAUGCGCAGUUUGCUGUCGCAGUGGAAGCCACUAUGCCUGCAACCAACAUAUUAACGUUGUCAAGAGAAUAUCUGCGGUUCUAACAAAUAUAAGGGUCGUGUUGAACCUGGAAAUGGAUAUUGUCUGCUUGCAUGGAUUACUGCAGUUGUGUCGAGGAAACGUUUCAAUCAAUAUUCCUGUAAAACCAAGCCGCACCACGUGGUUUGGGUUUGUCCUAUCGGAGCAAAGCUUUGAUACCCGAAAGUAUGUCCUUUGUUCUGGAUUUCGCAAAGUUAUGGACAAUACUGUCUAAUUAACUUUAAUACAGCAACAUGUGGACAAAGGAUAUCAUUUGUUACGGCAAGAUGACAUUUUCCGGAUACAUCAAUAUCUUUUUCCCUGGAGCAGUGUGUAGCCUACAACUUUUGCCGUACAUUGCGCCAUUAACGUAUUUAUCACAUGACUUCCCUUCCCCCCACUUCAAUGAAUGAGGAAGAAGUCGGACAUGUUUGAGGGAAAUGUGUUUGAAAAAAAAAACGAUCGUGGUGGAGGACAAGGAGAAUUUUGAAGGAAAGUUUUACUCUGCAUAAUGGAUUUAUAAAUCGAGAUUUUUAGUAGUUCAUUUUUAUGUAACCCUGGGAAUCAAUUAGCAACAUGUUUUUUUUCCCAUAUUUACUCAAGAUUAAGAUCACAUUAAUUCAUGGUUUAAUUCAAGGUUCAUUGUAUUUAGAGGCUUUUAAAUGUAUAACUUUAGUCCGUAUAUAUUGAAAAUCGUGAGUAUUUAGUUGAGUGACAUUGGAGAGAACGUGUAACCUUGGUGUGGGGGAUGGGUCUUUUAGCAUUAGGGAACCAUUUUGUACAGCUCUUAACUACUUGUACGAGUUUUUUUUUUGUCGAAUGUUGGCAUUUUGCUGAUAAUUCAUUCUAGUUUGUUGCACGUGGACUUGGUAGAAUGAGUAUCUUGUAGGUAUAUGAUAGGAACUGUUUGGGGAUUUAGUUAAUUGUCUGAAUGUAGAUAACUAACUAAUUUGGAUUUUCUCUGGGCAGCUCAUGUUGAAGAUUGUAAAGCUAAUAAAUUAAGUUUUAGUUGAAGUGUUCAAAUCGCGGCCUACAUGGGUGUUAUUGAAGUUGAGCAACAUGACUCUAAAAUUGUUCAAACCGAUGCAACCUUUGUGCUUGAAGUGUCUCUUAUAGUAAUUCUUAUAAAAGUGAUUGUAAUCCGAAAUUCUUAUCUGCUUUGAUAACCAUUUCAGCAAGAGUUGAGAAAUGCUGUGUCAUUCAAUGGAGGGCAAUUUCCUUUGCCACUUUGGCUUAGGGUUGAAGUUUGCCUUAUCCUCCAUAAGACAUUUAAAACAGCUUCAGUGCGAGUUAUCAUCAAAUGUUGCGCUAUUAGUAGUAUGGUAGGCAUUGGUUGAGUUCUGAAAUAUUAGGCCUAGGAUAAUGAUAGCCUUUUUCAGUUGUCUGUAAAUUAAGUCAUCCUGGUUAAACAGCGCGUGGAUCUUACUUGGUAUAAGAGUGGCUUACAACUAUGCGUUAUGAUCGCCUUUUUGUUUCAACGCAGGGAGUGGUAUUUAUUGUACAUUUUGUGACACCAUCUUAUAAGCAAAUAAUUUGUAUGCAGACAGUAAAGCUCGUGCGCACUCAUUGCACUUCAAGAUGGCGCUCCAACACUUGGGAAGGACCAAAAUGCGGCUACUCGGAGAGAAACAUGUGUGUUGAGCGUUCCGCCUACGUUUGGCAUCUGAUAGAUACGCGUGACCGGACUCGCUAACCAAUGGCGUGCUUUCUGUUUACUCUGGAAGUUCGCGCUAGAGUUUCAGCGACCAAUCAUUAUCGUUGCUGUGCCCACGUUGACGUAAUGUAAUUUGAUGAGUGAAAGGGCGGGUUUUGGUAUGUCGCAUUUCGUAAAAGCGUAGCUACGUUAAACAAUCUGUAAAAAAUAUAUACUUUUUGAGUGAUGGGAGGGGUAGCCAGUAAUAACGAGAAUUUUGUUUGAUUGACAAUAACAAUUUGCGAAUAGGCUGGAUGAGAAGGUUAAUAUAAAAACGUAUUUGGGGGGGGUGCUUACUCUGGCGGACAUGUUCAACUGCGAAUAGAAAAUACGGGGCGUGGUCUUCUUAAAUUACCGUAUCCAAUAGAAUGAAUGGUUGGUCUAUAAAGUAUCGGGCGUAGACGUGAGUUGCCAUUUCGCUGAAGCAGUGAUCAGUCUAAUGCUUUGGGGGCUGGUGGAAAGGACGGGCAAAGCAGGAACUUGAAUAUUGGUAUUUAAACAGAAUCCGGAUCCAUCCUGAUGGAGACGGCCAUAAACCCGCCCCAUGACAGCUCCCUGGGCGGGGUCGACGUAGGCCUGCAGGGUGUCAUGGCGAUGGAGCAGGGCCCCCCGGGCCCCGGCAAGCGCAUCCGGAAACCGUCACUGCUGUUUGAGGGAUUCGAGGGCCCGCCGUUGCUCCCCCACGGGCAAGCUCCCCCCUCUGGGUCGCCACGGCCCCUAGUGCCCGACACGAACCGUCAGGGCCGUGCCACCAACCAGCUGCAGUUCCUCCAGAAAGCCAUGAUUAAGUCCCUGUGGAGGCACCACUUCGCAUGGCCUUUCCAUGAGCCUGUGGACGCCUCCAAGCUCAGCCUGCCUGACUAUCACAAGAUCAUCAAACAGCCCAUGGACAUGGGGACCAUCAAGCGGCGCCUGGAGAACAACUACUACCGCAGCGCCAGCGAGUGCAUGCAGGAUUUCAACACCAUGUUCACCAACUGCUACAUCUAUAAUAAGCCAACAGAUGAUAUUGUUCUGAUGGCCCAGUCCCUGGAGAAGGCUUUCCUUCAGAAGGUUGCCCAGAUGCCCCAGGAGGAAAUAGAACUUCCCCCUCCUCCCCCGCGGGGCAAACCGGGCAAGCCAGGCAAAGGACGCAGGGCCACAGUACCAGGAGGAGUGACGACUGCUCACCAGGUCCCGGCAGUGUCCCAGUCCGCCUACUCUCCCCCCACGCCGGACACCCCGGAGUCGCUGCUCUCCACCCCCCCACAGACGCUCCAGGCCAAGAGCCUACCUCCCACCCUCCACAGUAAUCCUGCUAUGCUAGGCUUACCCCCAACACAGCCCACAGCCAAGAAAAAGGGAGUGAAGCGGAAAGCGGACACCACCACCCCCACCACCAUGGCCAUGCCCAUCACCAUGGGCGUUGGCGGGAUUGGCAUGGGCAUGGUCGGCGGACCCGACUCCCCGUUGACACUCACCUCGCUGGGGGUAGGCCAAGGCCUGGGGCUCGGCAUGGGGAUAGGUAUGGGUAUUGGUAUGGGCCGUGGCAGAGGCAUGGUGGGCGCCAAAGCAGCUGCAGGGAGGCGGGGAGUCAGCGGGCGCCCUAUCAAGCCCCCGAAGAAGGACCUGCCGGACUCUGUGCAGCUCCAGCCGGUGCGACGCGGCAAACUGGGCCAGCAGCUCCGGUACUGCAAUGGGAUUCUCAAAGAGCUGCUGUCCAAGAAACACGCGGCUUACGCCUGGCCCUUUUACAAACCAGUGGACGCCUCCAUGCUGGGCCUACACGACUACCACGACAUCAUCAAGCAGCCCAUGGACCUCAGCACCAUCAAGAGGAAAAUGGACAGUCGAGAGUACAGGGACGCCCAGCAGUUUGCCGGUGACGUGAGGAUAAUGUACUCUAACUGCUACAAGUACAACCCCCCAGACCAUGACGUGGUAGCCAUGGCACGCAAACUACAGGACGUCUUUGAGUUCUGUUUUGCCAAGAUGCCUGACGAGCCUGCGGCCCCUCCUGCUUCCAUGGGUGGACACUCCUCAUCUUCUUCAUCUUCCUCCUCAUCCUCGUCGGAGAGCGACCCCAGCAGCGAGAGUGAGAGCGAUAGCAGCCCCAGCUCGGACAGCGAGGAGGAGCGAGCACACCGCCUGGCCGAGCUGCAGGAACAGGUGUGUACACAGCUGAAAGCAGUUCAUGAGCAGCUGGCAGCACUCUCCCAGGGCCCCAUCGUCAAGCCUAAGAGGAAGAAAGAUAAGAAGGACAAGAAGAAGAAGAAGAAGCCAGAGAAGCAUCGGGGAAGCCGGGUGCCAGUCGAAGAGGAUAUACCCAUCCGGCCGCCCAAAAUGCCCAAGGUCACCAAGACGUCAAAGACGCCGAAGACACCCAAGACCAAGAGCAGCAAAGGGGGCUCCACACAGGGCAAGAGGGGUACUGGCAAGAAGAGCAACAAGAGCAAGUCCUCCAAGAAGUCGCAGGCAGUGAUGCUCAACAUGCACCAGAUGAGCGCUGCUGCCAUGCUCCCCCACUACGACUCCGAGGAGGAGGACGAGGUGUCGCCCAUGAGCUACGACGAGAAGCGCCAGCUCAGCCUGGACAUCAACAAGCUGCCCGGGGAGAAGCUGGGUCGUGUGGUUCACAUCAUCCAGGCGCGCGAGCCAUCGCUGCGUGACACCGACCCAGAGGAGAUCGAGAUAGACUUUGAGACACUCAAGCCGUCCACGCUGCGCGAGCUGGAACGAUACGUCAUGACCUGCCUCCGCAAGAAGCCUCGCAAACCCUAUGUAGGGAAGAAAGGUGGAGCAGGAAAGUCCCGGGAGGAGCUGGCCCUGGAGAAGCAGUUGGAGUUGGAGCAGAGGUUGCUGGAUGUCAGCGGGCAGCUCAACUCUGGCAAGAAGCCUCAGAAAACCAAAGCAGAGAAGCCCAGUGCAGUGGAGCCCCAUGCCGUAGCGUCUCGCCUCAGCGCCAGCAGCUCCAGCUCAGACUCUUCCUCCUCGUCCUCCUCGUCCUCCUCUGACACCAGUGACUCGGACUGAAAGCUCCGGAGGGACGGGCCUGGGCCCGCGAACCCCAGAUAGGACAGUGCAGAAAUGCCAACAGAGCCGCAGGCGGAUCAGACUAUAGUCAGAACUGACCCGGAAUUAAGAGAAAGCUAAAGCUUUCCCCUAUGUUCUGAGAAGCCAGACCCAACAGAAAGAGUGGAUGGAGAAAGACUGAGUUGUUUCAUUGCUCUAGAAACCUAGAGGGUUGACAGAGAGAUUAUGCAUCGUCUCAUAGAAAAAAGAGCUGAUCGCAAGAUCUCUACAGGCUCUAGAAAGAUGGCAGGAUCUCUACAGGCUCUAGAAAGAUGGCAGGAUCUCUACAGGCUCUAGAAAGAUGGCAGGAUCUCUACAGGCUCUAGAAAGCAAGAAGGGUGGAUGGGUCCAGAACUCUGGGAUCAUCUUGUACUAUGUCUUUCUCUCCACACUGUAUAUAAUAUGUACAAAUAUAUAAAUAUCUAUUUUUCUUUUAUAAAGAAGAAUUUUAAGGAAUCCCCAAAUGUGGGGAGAAAGUAAAGAUGUGGACAGGCUGGCUUUAGUUUUUCUGUAUAGAGGGCAACGUGUGUGUGUGUGUGUGUUGGUGGUGUGUGUGACUGAGUGAAUGUGUGGGGCACGGCCUCGUACAGUAAACACAGCCCUGCUUAGUUUCUCAUCUUGUGGAUGCCGGCGUUUUAAAUCAUUCUGCAUCGUAAAGCACCUUGGCUCAGUAUAAAUGUAGAAAAUGCACACAUGAAGAAACUGAGGCGCAUCAAGACUGCAACAUACGCAUGUACUUUACAUCUUGAGAGGGUUGUCCGUGGUUACACAUUUAAUGAGCCGUUAAGGUUUAAGCGAACUCACUUUUUCCUAUGUUUCACUCUGUAAAUGACCUAUUUCGAUCUUCUUGUGACCAAUCUGCAAAUAAAUUGUGAGGACAUGUCUCCACUCACCAUUACCCACACGCAAACAGAUUCUUCCCUUGUUUUGUUCAGUCAAUUAGAUAUGUCUAGUGACGUCUACAGACUACUGAAAUGGUCACAUCUCUCUUGCAAGACAUUUUUAACUUGCAAGGGUAGUGCACAAUAGAACUAGAUUAUGAGACUUCACCUUUUAAUUUCACUUUGUCUGGGGGAAAAAUACUUUUUAUAGGUCGUAUCUUAGUAAGGUUCAGUGGGGCGCUUACAUGCCUUCCUUGUCCCCUGGAUGUGAUUCCCAUACCGUUGCCAUACCAAUGCUUUACGGCACAGAACCACACUAUUUAUUUUAACAAAUUGGCCUUUUAACUUUUUGGCAGCUGAAUGUUUUAUUCAACUGAGCUAAAUCUGGUUUCGGAAGAUGAUUGUAGUGACCAUUUCCUUGCUCACAGUGCGUUUGGCAGAAGUGGUAUAUGUACUUCAUGAGAUUCGGAGGGAAUAAACAGAUUUUUGUCAUUUAGUUAAUAAGAAUCAAGCUUUUUUAUAAUAGUUAUGAGAAUUUAGAUUUUGUACAUGUGUGAUCAGUUAUUUAUUUCCUGGGGAUUUGAGUGGACACAUUCCAAAUCUUUAUUGCAUUUACUUGAAGGCAAUGGAGAAAGUUGGAUAUUGGUAAUAAUGGCAAAGAAAAACUACUCAAGCAAAAAUGUGUACAGCUCUAAGGAAAAAAGGCAAGACUGAAAAAAAAAAGUGUGGAGUGUUGUAGCCACUGUUUCUACCACUGAGGUUUCUUCUUUUGCGUUUCUUCUCUUAUGUUCUUUUUCCCCGACAAUUGAGUGGUUGUUUCUUGUGUUCUGUUUCUUUUCUAAGAAAAAAUACUUUGAACUGUCCAACUACAAAUAAAGAGAGAAAGAGCUCUUUUA